CCCCGCUCUGCUCCUCCAACCCCAAAGAAACACACCCUGCCACAAAGAGGGAGACCUGCCCUGCACCCCAGGUUCCAGAGGGAGGGUCCCUUGCGCCCCGCUCCUCCUUAGGGGACUUGCCCCGCACCCCUAGCCAAUAGGGAGGGCGGUGCGCCCCGGGGUGGCUCAGAGUGUGCCCGCGCUGGUUUCCCCGCAGCCCGCUGGAGCCGCGUCAGGCAGAGGCGGGGAGGGGCGCGGUUAAAGGGCGCUGCAGGUGGGAGCCCGGGCUCCUCCCGCACAGCCCGACUCGGACUCUGUUCCCUCCUGAGCUGGGGGCGCCGGCACCGACCUGGGAGCCAGGCACCAGCCGAGACAGCCGCCACGCGCCGGGGAGUCCGGGUCCCCCCUGUGGAGGUAAGCGGGAGCCGGGAAGGUUCCGCCACUCCGGCGUGGGAGAAUUCCCUCCGAGAAGCCCCAGCAGGUGACAUUCCCACUAUCAUCCACAAGUAGAGCAACGAGUUCUAUUGGUAUCAUUGCCGCACUGCUAUCUUCCACUCAGGUGCUGGAGCAAGAGGAGGAAGAGGACAAGCCAGAAGCCCUUGCAAAGGGACCUUUCCUUGGUUCUUGGAGCCUGACACACUGGGAGUCCUUGGAAAUAAGGUUCAGGUUUGCUUGUUUUGCUUGGACCUGGCUCCUUUCAUCCUCAACUCUGCAGAGCUCACGUGGGCAUUAAAUAAAUCCGCACAAUGGAUUGGGGGACCCUGCACACUUUCAUCGGCGGUGUGAACAAACACUCCACCAGCAUCGGGAAGGUGUGGAUCACAGUCAUCUUCAUCUUCCGGGUCAUGAUCCUCGUGGUGGCUGCCCAGGAAGUAUGGGGUGAUGAACAGGAGGACUUUGUCUGCAACACUCUACAGCCAGGGUGCAAGAACGUGUGCUACGACCACUUCUUCCCCGUGUCCCACAUCCGGCUCUGGGCCCUGCAGCUGAUUUUUGUGUCUACCCCAGCACUGCUGGUGGCCAUGCAUGUGGCCUACCACAGACACGAAACAGCACGCAAAUUUAGACGUGGGGAGAAGACAAACGAAUUCAAAGACCUGGAGGACAUCAAAAAGCAGAAGGUGCGGAUCGAGGGGUCACUGUGGUGGACGUACGCCAGCAGCAUCUUCUUCCGCAUUGUCUUCGAAGCCGCCUUCAUGUAUGUGUUCUACUUCCUCUACAACGGGUACCACCUGCCCUGGGUGCUGAAAUGUGGCAUUGAGCCCUGCCCCAAUUUGGUGGACUGCUUCAUUUCGAGGCCGACUGAGAAAACCGUCUUCACCGUUUUCAUGAUUUCCGCAUCUGUGAUUUGCAUGCUGCUCAACGUGGCAGAAUUAUGUUACCUGCUGUUGAAAUUAUGUUUUAGGAGGUCUAAAAGAGCCCAAUCACAGAGAAAUCACCCCAACCAUGCCCUGAAAGAAAGCAAACAGAAUGAAAUGAAUGAGCUGAUCUCAGAUAGUGGGCAAAAUGCAAUCACAAGCUUUCCAAGUUAAGCAUUUCAAGGUCAGGCCAUAGAGGAACCCCAACAAAGCUUGUGUGCGCUCUGCAGGCCACACCGACCUGACAACUCCCUCUCUAGGUUAAGGGUUUGUCUAUAAAUGACUCAUAGUAAAUAGAUACUCAGUGCACUUUUUGUAGAAUACUUGUGCCUUUGAUAUGCAAUGUAAUUUUAAAAUGUGGUUCAUCUCUGAAAACAAAACACUGGUGACAGCUGAGCCUUGAAGUCACCUUAACAAGUCCUAUGUGGACUGUCUGACUUAGUGGGUAUUUUCUGAAAAUUUAUAUAACUUGUUGAAAAGCAAUUUGUCUAGAAAUUGAUACUUUUAUUAGUAAGGUGUUUUUAUAGGAUUGAAUGUUUUAGUUCUGACUUUGAAUUUAUAUGUAUAUUUUUUUCCAAAUCAAAAUUCUUUAUUAGCCAAGAAUGUACAAUAUUUUUUUAAUGACUGGCCUUCCUUACCUAGAAAAAACAUACAAAGUUAUCUUUACAAGUACCCCAACCAAGUAUCCAAAUUUUGAACCCCCAAAGGGUCUAGCUUGCAGUAAAUAUCAUUUUACAUGGUCUGUUGACAAGUUUAUGAACUGCCAUGAUACUCUUAAGGUGGAACAUUAGACAACAUUAUUUCCUGCUUUCUGAUACAGAUGGAACUGUAAGAAAGUGGGACCCUUUUUAAAACUAGCCUGUUCACCCAUUGUGAACAAUAUAACAUGAAUGUGACCACUCAAAUAAAGCUUGACCCUGUUGCUUAA